AGUGGGGAAGAACAGAGAGAUGUUGGAGUGGAAGUAAAGAAAUUAGAAAAAACCGCGUGGGGUCCAGAAAUACCACCCAACCAAGAACGAGCAGACUUCCACAAAUUCUCCACUUCUCCCUCUGUCUCUCUCUAAAUCUUUUUCCGCCCUCUUAUAAGCCCCCUCCAUUCCCCUGCAUUUCUUCUAUCUCUCUCUCAAACACAGAGCCCCCCCUGCUUUUACUUUCAUUUUUCUUCUUUCACCUUCGCUUCUCCACUCCAAAAGCUAUCAAAUUUAAGCUGGAAAAGCGAAGCCAACACAUUCCUAUUGUACCGUAAACAGCAGCUGAGCACCCGUUUUGGAUUUGCUUGUUGCAUCAUUGAAAUAGAGCUCGCUCUCUCUGUUUUAUCUCCAGGGCAGAGUUUGGGGAAUUUUGCGAUGGGGUCUGGGAUCUCGAAAUCGUAUCUGAUUCUGUCUUUUUGGUUCCGUAGGAUUAGCUAUUAAAUUCUGCUUCCAGAUUCUAAAAUGUCUCCCUUUUUUUAAAUCCUCUGACCAAAUUUGAAUCUGGGUGUAUUCAAGAUUAUCUUUGUCCUCCUCCUUUUUUUCCGCUUGAUAUAUACAUUUGAUUCGAAUCUUUCCAUCAGAGUUAUUUUUCUAAAUUGUCCCAUCUCGAAUUUAAUCUCCCUCAUAGAAUUUAUCAAAGGUUUUAUUUAUAUAGAGAGAGCGAGCCGGUGCUUAGUAUUAUCAAUGGCUGCAGCAAAACAUAGUGGCAAAUCCAAGAAGGGUGUUGUUGAUGAGACAGAAAAGAUGACAACAAGCCAAGAUUGGGAGAUUGACAAAGGCAAAGAUCUUGAUUUUGGGUUCGAGAGGCAGCAAUGGAAGCCAGUUUUUGAUGAAGCUUCCAUGUCACAAAGACCUCUCAAGAAGAUCCGUAGCCCUGAACGUCAAGACCCUGUUCAAUCCUCUGUUUCUUUGGCUCAUCAGUCGUCUUCGUUCUCUGCUCCCUCCUCUGUUUCUACUACUUCGCUUUCUUCUCUUACUCUUUUCCCACCAUCUUCUUCUUCUUCUUGUUCUUCUUCUAAUGCCACUUUGCCAUCUUCCAGACUUGUUUUUCCUUUUGCUUUUGAUGCAUCUCAGCAGCCAAUGCACUUUCCUCAGCAAUAUGGAAAUACUCCAACUCUCAUGCCAAUUUUCCGCCCACCACAGAAUCAGCAACACAUGAUCUCCUUUAGUCCUCAGCAGCAUCAACAUGGCUUUGUUUAUCCGCCAUUUUUCGCUGGAGAAUCAACCUUACCACCUCAGCAACAGCAGCAGCAGCAGCAACUUCUUCAAUACUGGAGUGAUGCAUUGAAUUUGAGUCCGAGGGGGAGGAUGAUGAUGAUGAGCAGAUUGGGGCAGGAUGGUAGACAAUUGUUUAGGCCGCCAGUGCAGCCUAUAAAUACUACCAAGCUUUAUCGAGGUGUGAGGCAGAGGCAUUGGGGCAAAUGGGUAGCUGAAAUUCGUCUUCCUCGAAACAGGACUCGCCUUUGGCUUGGCACAUUUGACACAGCUGAAGACGCUGCCUUAGCCUAUGAUCGCGAGGCAUUCAAGUUGAGAGGAGAGAAUGCGAGGCUCAAUUUCCCUGAGCUUUUCCUCAAUAAGGAUAAAGAUACGUCCACAGCACCAAGUUCAACAGUUUCCUCUCCACAAACUCCCCGUGAAAGUUCAAAGCCAAACCAGAAUCAGAACCUCCCGCAACAAGAACAGGAUGGCCUGAACUUGCAGUCUGCGAAAAUGGAAAUGAUGCCACCACCAGCACAGCCUCAGGGAGAUAAUCCUGACAGUGAUUCAGGGUUGGGGUCCAGUGAGGCUACUGCCAGUGAUGAGGUGCAGAUGACAGCAGAGGGUUCUGGAGCAGGGGAAGGGGUUUCGGGGUCCCAGGAAUUGGUUUGGGGAGAUAUGGCAGAGGCUUGGUUCAAUGCAAUUCCAGCAGGUUGGGGUCCUGGUAGUCCUGUGUGGGAUGAUUUAGACACCACAAACAAUCUUCUUAUCCCCUCAAACCUUCCUUUCGCCAAUCAAAACCAGCAGGACUUGACUGAUUCUGAUAUCCAGAAACAGCAAGAUAGUUGUGCUUCUUCUUCUUCCACUUCUUGUCCAAUGAAAUCCUUCUUUUGGAAAGAUCAAGAUUGAUAGGCCAUCCAGAAAAUCCAGCUUUUAGUGAUUUUUCACCAAACCAACCUGUGGUUCCUUCGUAGCUUUCUUCUCCUUUAGCUUCGGCUCCACUUUGUUUCCUUCACAUGAUUCAUAUUUUCAAAAUCUUUUUCCCUCGGAUUCUCUAUCCACUCCAUCACACCUGCAAAAAGGUUGCGUAUUUUUCAGGCCUUUUUUAGCAGAGACACUUCAUGUUUGCUCAUGCCUUUCAGCUUUGACUCUUGCACUAUGUUUUUAGCGCUAGUAGUAUCUAGUAUAGCAGUAGAUAGUGUCCUUUCGAUGUUAAUAAGCAAGCUUUUUAGUUGUUUUUCUUGUCUGUUGAUGUAAUGUUGCAGAUGUAGUAGCUAUAAGCCAAUUUGAGUGCAGGACCAGCAUAGAGGGAGACAGUUUGGUGAUCUCCUUCUCAAUUGGUCCAUCCAUCUCGAGCUUUAUUUUUCUGCUCCGAGCAUGGAAUCAACUUGUGAUUCUGUACAUUGUGGAGUUUGUUAACUUCCUUUUCUA